GAGGGGCGCGGGCCCAUGUUACCUAUGAGGUGCUGACGUGGACGAGGUGCUCAGUUGAGUGCUCACCUUAGUUACCAGGAAGUGUUUGACAACAGGAUAGUUUGUCAGAAUUGACUUUUCGUAGCAGGUUAGGAGAAUUAGGUUACCGUUAAGAAAAGGGUUAGCUCAAAUGCAACGUUUUGUUUGUACAUAAACUGUAUCGAAGCUAGCCAAUACCUGGUGAGACCUUUACACGUUAUUCUGCAGAGAGCCCAACUCCAGCUACUCCUGCGGUAAAAGCAUGGUGUUGAGAUGAAGAUUACUGAGAAGAUCCUCACUCAUUUUCAGUCGUGCAACUCACCCGUCGACAAAGAAGGAUACCUGUAUAAAAAGGGUGAGAGAAACACUUCCUAUCAGAAGCGCUGGUUCAUGUUGAAGGCAAACCUGCUCUUCUACAAGGACCGGCCCAACCACCACGACCUGCUUGGCGUCAUUGUUUUGGAGGGCUGCUCGGUGCAGCUGUGCGAGUCCGAGGAGCAGUUUGCCUUUUCGCUGGUGUGGAGCGGUGAACCGGGCCUGCGCACCUACAAGCUCGCCGCUGAGGACCAGCCCAGCCAGGAGAGCUGGAUCAGGGCCCUGCUGUCAGCCAACCACGGCUACCUGGCCGCGCUGGUCAUGGAUCUGGAGAAACAGUACAAAGAGGCCAUGAAAGUAUUUCCUGGUGACCCAUCCCAGCAGUCUACACUGGCUGGCCCAAACACAGAGAGGCCAACUCCGUCACUGAUUUGGCUGAACUCUGGGACCGCGACCCUUUCACAGUACCCAGGGCCAGGUGUGGAAGCCGGGCAUAGCUUUCGCACAUAUCAAAUGCUACAAGCCCCUCCCAUUUCCUCUAAACCAACCAAUAAGAGGUCUCCGAAACUCUGGCCCAAGAGAAAUGCAAAUGUUGUGCCUAUUAAUGUCCCAGCCCCGCCCCAAGGGGAGUGGUCAGUGACUGGGUCGGGACCCAAGGUGGAAUUUAGCAAACUGCAUGAGGACUUUGGCAAGGAGGUGAAGGAGCUGAUUGCUGAUUGGUUGAGAAGGGGACAGGAAGAUGUCAUUCAGGAAGAGGACUUAAUUGAUUUUGGUUGAUUCAGCAUGGGAUGUCACUAUAAGCAUGUAAACAGUCCAUACCAAAGGAGUCCGUACCAAAUGCAAUAAUGGAUGCCUACAUGAAUGAAUAUUUGUGAAUGUAAGAAAAUAUGAUUAUUUUAAAAUAAACGUUUUUUAGAUAGUGUUCCUCCUCUUCCCCAAUCAUUUGAAUUAAUAUCUAUGAUUUAAAUGGCAAUCAGCUAUGUUGUCAUUUAUCAACAGUUGUUUUCCCCACUAGAGCCAAUAAGCUACAAGAUAAUUACAUGUAAUACCAUAAUGAUACAGCUAUUACAUUCAAUAAAUAAUA